AUGAUUGUAUCGUUUGGAAACAACCUUUUGGUACCAUAUACCACUUUGGAAAAUGUGGAGAUAACCAAAGAGGAUUCACGGGAGCGAAAGCAACAUUCAGGCUGGUUCCUGUCAGCCUCCAAGGAUCCGAGGAUCAGUGGUCCACCAUGUGGAAGAUCAUGGCAAUUCUUGUCAAUUCUUGUCACUGUAAUCAAAGGCUGUAAAGCUUAA